AUGAGCGAUCAACAACAGCAACAACAGCAACCGGGAAUAAUACUGGCGGCAAAUCGUCGCGUGCCAAUUCCAAACUCCAAGUACGACGACGACGCAGAGGACAAAGAGAAAGAAGAAUCGCGGCCUAAAAUCACGAAGAAAGCGAGAACGCCAAAGGCGCAAAAACAGUCCAAAACGAGCAGCGCGACGGUAAAGACGACGACGGUGUCGUCGUCUGAAACGGACACGGACGCGGAGAAAGAAGACGCGGAGGAUGAGAAGUUGGUGCAACCGUCGAAGAUUUUGAUCCCGCAGGACGGGCAACAACCCAAGAAGUGGCGGUUGGCCGAUCAGAGAAGAACGAUUCUCUCUCGAACGAAAACGCUCUUCCGUUUCCUCGGUUUGGGGCACAUGCGAGGCGUCGGCAUGGAUUUACCGUACAGGCAAAGGUUUCAAUUUUUACUGGAAUUGAUUUACGGCGACACGUUUAAACCGAAAGCGUUUUGGGCCAGACACCCGGACCCGGACGAGUUUUUCUACGCGUUGUUUCGAGUGGCGAAACCGGAUUUGCCGAGAACCGCGUUCGUCGGCGACGUGUUCGAGCUGAGCGCGGAGACUUUGCACAACGAAGUGAACGCGCUCGCGUUGGGGCGGUUAGGGGUAUCCUCGGAACAGUUGUUGAGGUUGUUUCAGCACAACGCGGCGGUGGAGCAUCCGCAGGAGCAAGGAAAGGAGAAAGGGAAGUGGGUGAGGGUUGUGGACUCGACGCUUCCGGCGGAGGUGAAAACCGGGGCGGAAGGGAAGACGACGCUGUUCGUGCCGACGCCGACGGAGGAGACGGAAUAUAGACCAAACAUUCCAAACGGCUGGAGGCCAGGACCUACGAGAGGGAAAAGAGACCGUGGGUCUAAAGGGCACUCCGGGGUGUUUUUAACGCAACAAGCGUUGAAGGCGGUUGGAGAGAACGCGCCAGUGAUUUCGCCGGGCGUGAACACAAAGUAUAUGGAGCAACGGAGGGCGUUUAUCGCGAACGGGAAGGUGGAUGCGCCGGUAACUGCGGCUACCAAGAAGAAGGAUACCAACGGUAAAGGUAAGAAUGCUGGUAGUAAUACUACUAUCACUACUAGUACCGCUGCCACUACUACUGCUACUACCACCACUACUGCGAAAGGAACGAAACGACCGCGAUCGACGAAAGCUGGUACUCAAGCCUCGAAAAGAGGCGGCGGGGGCGGCGGCGGUGGCAGCGGGAUGUUGGACGGACUCGUCGCGGCGGCGUUGUUAUCGGAAAUGGACAACCAAAAAGAAGAAGAGGAGCAAAAAGAGAAAAAGGCGAGGGAGAAGGAGGAGAAGCAGAGAGCAAACGCUUCAAAGAAAGAGACAGGUGAGAAACAACCGAAAUCAAAGUUGGAGAAGCUCAUGCUCGAACAUUUGAAAAAAGAGACCGGAGACGGGUCAAACAUCAAGAAUGCAAAAGACGAGAAGGCGAGGUCAAACGACGAGAAUCAUAACGGAAACGUUAAGAAGAGCGAUCAACACGCCUUGUCGAAAAAAGAAGAAUCUGCGUCGCCUAAUGGUGGUAGAGGUGGGGGAAGAGGUGGCGCGCCUCUCGAGGAGGAAGACUUUGACGACGCCAUUCCAACGCUUCCCCUCGACGACGACGAUUUGGACACGUGGGAACGUUUUGAUGCUUGGCGAGCGCCGUUAGAGGAAGACGAUGCGGAUUGUCGCGCCAAGCACCGCACCGAUACGGAUAGAAUUGAAGACGUGUACUCGAUGUUUGAUCAGGUUGUGAACGACUUGCGAAGUCCCCCGAGUUCUCAGCAGCAGCAUCAAUUGACGAACAAUCAAACGGUGUUGAGAGACGCCACGUCGAGAGCGCAAAAAUUGCUAGGCAUCGAAUACGUGCUGAAAGGCAUGAGCGGUGACUUAGAGCAGUGUUUGGACGACGACGAGACGUUGCACAUGGCGAAGCACCACUUGGCGAAAAUUAGCGAAAUCAUCAGUCGCAAGAUGAAUCAACAGCUCGGCUAA